GGAGGAGGCACGUGUCCUAAUGAGCUCUUUUUCAACCUGUUGAAUGGACCUGAAGCACCCUGCUGCGAGCCGCGCCAGGCCCGGUCCUAUUUAAUCCCCGUGCAUGGGCUUAGUGCAUGUGGAGCUUGGCUUAGUGUCAGGAGAGGCGAGAGACCACAUAGGACCACAUCGUAGAGUCAGUGGUCUGUCAUCGCGGGAAUAACAUAGACUGAGUGGUCUACCAUUGGGUCAUAUGUUAUAUCUGAGGUAGAGGACUUCCAAAGAGGCAAAUAUCUUGGUGUCUUGUAUUUAAAUACCUCAAAGGUAGUUGACUGACAUCUGGGCAGAUAUCUUAGAAGCAGUGGGGCAAAAAAAAAUCCAUAGAUGUAAAUAUCUAGAGUACAACAGGUUUAUUUUAGGGGCAAACAGCUCAGAAGCAGUGGUCUAACUUAGGGGCAAAUACAGUGGCGAACAUUUUAGAAGUAGUAGCUUGUAAUUAUUUUUGACAUAGUGGUCCAUCAUAGGGGCACAUUUAUCAAAGGUGUACUACGAGGACAAAGAAGUGGUGUACCUUAGAACCCAUUAUUUAGGUACCAAGCGGGCUUACUGAAGGCAAAUAUCGCAAAGACACAGCUGUCUAACAUAGGGGUAGUGCCAAGACAACUUACUUUAGAGGCAGAAAUCUCCAGAAAUUGCCUUCAACUGCACCAAGACUGAAUUGCAGAAUGGAGGAGACAUUAUUUGACUUUGAUCAAGAUAUCACAACAGACCUCGCUUUCUGGGGACAAAUGGAUCCCAAUUUCCAGUUUCAGUCCCAGCUCGAUUCUCUUCUGUUCGACUGUCAGCUUUCGCCGUGGUCCUCCUCUGGAUGCCAGUCCAUGUUCCCAGACUUCACCGACCUGGAGUGGCAGUCCCCGCGGCUGGAGGCCGGUGCUGAAGCGGACAGCUCCCCAGGGCACGAUCAGCACACCGGGGGCAAACACCCACAGCGUCGCCUAUCGAGUCACCUCCACCAGCAGCAACACCAGCACCACCACCACCAUCAUCAUCAUCAGGACCACGAGCAGCAGCAGCCGUACAAGGUGCAGCGGCACGCAGCCAACAUCCGCGAGCGAAAACGCAUGCUCAGCAUCAACUCGGCCUUCGAGCAACUGCGGUGCCACGUGCCCACGUUCCCGUACGAAAAGCGCCUCUCUAAGAUCGACACGCUGAGGCUCGCCAUCGCCUACAUCGCGCUGCUGAGGGAGAUCCUGAUGUCCGGCUGUGACCCCAAGUCCUACGUAGACGAAUGUAUGAAAAACGGCUACAAAAACCAGACCAGCGCAAUCUGGAACACCAGCGAUCUGACAGCUCGCCUUUCUUGGAUAAAGUGGGAUUAGCUUGCAGGGUGGAUUCAGCUUGGCUGAAGAGAGAGAUCCUGUCUCCACCUCAGCAGUGGCUUGGCAUCGGGGCAGACUGACAUCUGCAGACUUCUCACCAUGGAACAGCCCCUCCACUCAGAGCUGGGCACACAGGAUGCUUUUUAUAUUCUAAUGGGAUGUGGGUGAGAGAAUGAGGCCUUGUGUUUUGCUGUGUUUUGCUGGUGAAUGAGACCAUGUUGAGGCCUCACUGGAGCAAAACAUGCCACUUAUCUGUGUUGGAGAUGAGAGGAACUGCUGAGGAACUGAUUGGGGUGCCUGUUUAAAUGUUUUGUAUGUGCAUCUUUGGUAGUGCAAGCUGAAAUGUGUGCCUACCAUCAUGUUUGUAUUUAGAGCUGUAUUGUUUUGCACUGUUGAUACUGAUUGUGGCUUUAACUUUAAUAUAUUGGUGUAUUUAUUUGUUUAAUUAUUUAUGCUAAAAAUAUGUGUUAUUUAUUAUGUAUUUCUGUAUUUAAAUUAAACUCAUCUUUUGCAUUUUUGCUUAAACCCUAA